UUUGUUACUUGCUUGAAGUUUAUCUCCUCUGCUAGGCUGUGAGCCAUGACUUUUGGGUCUAGAUUUGUUUUGUAAUUUAUUGUAUACCUGGUGAACGAAACGAAAUGGCUAGCACGAUGCUUGGCACACAGUAGGUGUGUAAGUAAAUGGUAGCUAUGAUAAAAAUGAUGUUUGACUAGUAAGCCUUGCUCAUUCAAAGAGAUCACUUCUCCUUAAAGGUAGCAUUGAAGCCACAUGAAGUAAUGAAGGACAGUUUGGGGAGUCAUUUUCUCCUUUAUUCUGCAGGAUUUUGUCAUAUACUACUCAUUAUUUCAACUACAUCAAAGAUCUAUUUUAUAGUUUUGGUGUGACCUCAAAUUUGAAUAUUGGACUACUUUGAGCUAUAGCUUGGUCUUAAAAGGAACGACUGCAGAGCUGAGUGCCUAGGUGACAGUCACAGCUGCAGCAUCGGUGGUCAUGCUGUUGCUUUCACUCAGAUAUCACAGGAGUGGUGACUACAUAAAUGUGACUAGAAUAGUUCUCAGUCUCUUCUGUCACACUACAAUAUUGAAGUGAUGUCUUCCCAAACACUGGAGGCCUUGCCCUCUCAUCUGCAGAUGGCAAUCCUAUUCACGUCUAGCUUUUAGGCACACAGUUUUCUUCCUGAGGGCAUGUUUCUUGAUAAGUUUUCCUUUUUAUACCCUCUUCCCAAAGCCCCAAAACCUGUCAUUUUAAUAAUUUAAAUAAUAUGUUUAUAUCUACAGGUAAUGUCUAAAGUCUUUAUAUUCCACAUUGAGGCGUACUUCUAAUGUCAUUUCCGUCUCAUCUACUGUUUGUUUAUAUACCUAGGACAUUAAUUUUUAAUUACGGUCAUGUGUCACAUAUGAUUCGGUCAAGGACAGACUGCAUAUAUGUAAUAUAUAAGAUUACAUAUAUAAUACUGUAUUCUUACUGUACCUUUCCUAUGUUUUGAUAUAUAGAUACACAAAUACUUACCAUUGUGUUACAGUAGCCUACAAUAUUGAGUACAGUCACAUGCUGUACAGGUUUGUAACCUAGGAGCAAUAGGCCAUACCAGAUAGGCUAGAUAUGUGUUAGGCUAUGCAUCUAGGUUUCUGCAAGAACCCUCUAUCAGGUUUACACAAUGAUGGAAUUGCCUGACGAAGCAGUUGUCAUAACACAUCUUUGUUGCUAACCAAUGCAUGACUGUAUUAUUUAUCUCAGUUCUCCAUUCUAUCUAAAUGUGAUUAAUUACUACACAAAGUGCUUAGGAAAAAAAGUGUAACCAUGGCAUUAAUCAUUGGUAAAAUAUAUAAGUCUUCACUUUCAAAAACUUUGUUCAGAUUUUUUUUGACUCUUAGCAAUGGUGAUACUAAAUAGGUAUCAUUUAUUGAGUCCCUAUACUAUUCCAGGUAUUAUGAUAGAUAGUUUAUAUAAUGCAAGCAGAAAAAGUAUGCAUUUAAUCAGUGGGCCAAGGGUUAUACUACAAGCUGCUCUAUGUUAUACAGAAUGAAUAGUUGGAAUGGUUCAAUAACAGGAAAUUAUCGGAAUUUAAAACAUUUUAAAUUAUCAUUUGCAUUUAGAUGUUACUCACUGAAUUACAGAGUAACUAAAAAUUCACACACACAGAUCGAAAAUACAUUUUUAAAAUUUGAUAAAGUUCACAGAAUGGGGAGGGUUAAAAGCAACUCAUCUUUUUAUUUGUAUGAGUAUUUUUUAGAUUGAUAAAUAUCCCUAUUUUUAAAAUUUCUGAGAUUUAAUUCACUCACCUCACCUAAUCAUGGAUACUUUGUCUUAAAAUGGAAAUAAAAAUAGGCAUUUAAUCUCUGCCCUCCCACCCCAGUAUCUUCUCCCCCCGGUCCUCUGUUUCUCAGCUUCUGAUGGUCACGAUCCAUGACUUCCUGACUUCUCCCUCUAACUAAAGCUUCAAUUUUCUAGCUGUUUAGUGUAUCCUAUCACUAAACAGGUGUUGAAGGCAGAUAUCAACACCUUCAAUGCCCUCGUGCUCUAGAGUUCAGCAUAAUUAAUUAAUGAUCCUUCACUGGAAUCUGGGAGCCCAGCUAUGACAGCUUUACUCCUUGAGUCUCCUCAGUGAGUAGCCAUGUGUGCUCAUAAAGUGCAAUUUUUCUUUCCCAUUGCCAUCAUCCCCACCUUAUAUUGAAUUGAGAGUCUGCCAUGGUCUCUACUUCUAAAUUCAGCCAGAUUAUUCAACUUACUACCCUGGGAGUCUUGCCCCGAAUACCUACUAAUACCCUAUACCCUCUUUGGACACACAUUAGCCUUCACUUGCCUAAUGCCUGGAUAUUGUCUCUACUGUAAGUUUCUCAACACUGGGUUCUUCUCCUAUGAUCAGAAAACUAAGCCCAAUCAGAGCAUGUAAUAUGUCAAGGUUAUGUGCCUAGAAAAUGCAACUUUGGAGAAAAGAUUUACUAAGAAUUAUUUCUGUAAGACUUAAUGGAAAUGGUCGAGAUGUAUUUCCAGAUCUCCAUCAUCUAUGUGUUUUAUUCUAACAACUCUCUCCCUAAACCUUUAAAUAACUUUUAUAUUAUAUAACAUACAAAAAAAUGAUUCUUGCCUUAAAUAUACUGAUUCUAGGCUUGGUAGAAGGACUGUAAGUAAACUCUAAGGUGUUAAACAGAGAAGUGCAAGUGCCAUGUAUGUACCUCUCUGUAUUCACAUUUAUAUCCAAUGGCUCAAUGAGUACUGAAAAUGGAGAAAUGUAAUUGGUGGGUCGACUAAAGGUUAUUUCUUCUUUAUCCCUGUUUGAGAGAAUAAGGAAGAAAUGAUUGAUUUACUGUUUUUUUUUUUUUUCUGAGGAUAAUCAUGUCAAGAAUCAUUUGGAAUCACCUCCAGGAAAACUGUCACAAAACUGACCAUCUUUUAAAUAUGGUAACUUACAGUGAAGCGUGUCUCACACAAAUGAAUGACAUAAAUGCAGAAAGAUAUCUGCAGGGUUCACACAUAACUUACCUCAGAUGCUGAUUACUGCCAAAAUUACAACUGCCCUGCACCACUCUUGGGCACUGAAUCUUGCCUGUCUAGAUGAUAAAAUCAGUGUGCACAAGAUCAUUUUCUUAGCAUCUAUGACCAGAUUGCAUGCCAGGCUAUGAGUUCUUUUCUUCCCUACCCACUCCUAGAAUAUCAUAUACCUUAUGAUAGUCCCACGAUUGGACACGUUUCAAUCACUGAAGCAGAAUUUCUGCUUCAAAAAUUUCAGUUUUAGGAGUAUAUCCACAUCACUUGAAUGGUACUUUUUACUGUCUUCCAAUAUAAGGGUUCCCAGAGUGUAAUAUGAGAAAAAAAAAAAAACAUAUUCUCCAGCACCCAGAAUCUAAAACGAAUGAAUUACUUUAAAACUUUUUUUUUCCAGAAUAGACCUUUCAAAGGAAACCAAGAAAGAUUCAGACAUUUCCUUAUACAUUUUUUAAGUUACCAAGUGGAAUAAUAGAGUUGCAUAUGAAUUUUUAGCUCUGUAGGUAUUCUCAGUAAUAAAAACAUGUGCAUGGCUCAUCUAACCUUCUCUUUCAUAUACUGAUUUUAAAUUCUUUUCAGCUUUAUAUAUAUAAGUAAGGAGCAUGAAAGUGGCAAUAGGUCCACAGAAAGAACAGACCUUUAACAGUGGAUUUUGCCUGAUUUAUUCCCUUUACAUGGAGGUCAGAUAAGCUGAUGCCUCAAUGGUUAAGAACAAGAGGUGAAAGCAUUCUCCUUUGCAAUUCUGAGUAUAUGUGUGAAAGAAUAACACUGAAAAUCAAGACUGAGCAGCUAUUAAAUAACUCGAGGUCAAGAACCUAAGGAGAUGGGUCCAUGAGAGUUAACAUGACGGGUAGAGCCUCAGAUGGUAACUGGGAACUAGAGGGCAGAAGACAAGGAUUCUAAGUGUCAGGGAGAAUAAAACCGAGGUACAGCAGGUCAAAAUGUGUGAGCAGUAUAGCAUCCAGAACAAAAGACUGAGAUGACUAAUAGGACUUAGGAUAAAAAAAUAAUAAUAAUACCCCUCCAAUUACAGAAAAGAAUGGGGCUAAGUUUCCCUAGGCUCUGCAGAAAUCCUUAAGACAUUCUGAAUAUGAAAAGGUAUGAAAUGGGAGAUAGUCCUUGUGUUUAGGGUUCUCAAGACCAACCCACCAGAAGGGCUCACAGGAUUAAAUAUAUAUAAUCAUAUUCACAGUUAGGGGUAUUACAGUUAAAGGAUAUACAACAAAAUCAGCAAAGGGAAAAGGUGCAUGAGGAGAAGUUUGGAAGAAACCAGGCACACACUUCCAAGAGUCCUAAUGGAGUCUCACAGGAUGUGCUCAGUUCCUCCAGUAACAGAUUUAUGUGAAGCUAUCAACCAAGAGAGCUCAUUAACCAGUGCUCAAGGUUUUCAUUGAGGGGUGGCAAUGUAAGCACCCUCUGCCUAACACAUACCAAAAUUCCAGACUCCCAGAAGGAAGGCAGGUGUUUAACAUAAACCACAUUGUUUCUACAAACAGUUUAGGCCAUUCUUAUCAUUUAGGGAAAGUUUUAUAUCAGUGUAGGAAACUGUUUAUCAGCCAAGUUAUCCAACACCAGCCGAGAGCCAACCUUGCAAGCAGGUCUUUUUUAAGAAUAGAAGCCUCAGGUCUGUUAUGUUAACUCCUUUCUACACAGUUCCCACAAUAAUUUUCCCUCUCUGUUUCCUUUUCAGAUAUAGCUGCUUUUGUUUGCAAAUGGGGAUCCAGAAACUUUCCUAUAAUCAAAAAAACUCAAGUAAAAUAAUUAACUCACCAUCUAGGACCUUAAUUUCUGGAUCUUAUUUAUUCUAGAGCUUUAGUUGUCUCAGUGUAUCAUAAAUGGGGAUUAGCCUGACUUCAAGUAGCAGGUAUUUCCCUAAAGCCAGCAUUUACAUUGGUAGUGAUUUCACAGGUCCAUUAACCUCAACUGGGACUAGUUUCUUUAGAAUGAAAAUGCAGUGAUACAAAUUACAACCUAGGUUCUCUGGUGACCAGAUGUUCACGAUAGCAUAUUAGAGAUAUAGUUUCAGCAGUGAGUUUGUGGGUGAGUCAGAAAAGGCCAAGGAGACCGAAAAAUUUACUAGGUUCGUUAACUACGAGAAUGCUACAGGCUUCACAAGGAGCCAAGCAAACUCUCUCACUUUCCUGAAAAGGAUAGUUGUCCAGAUAAUAUAAGCAGAGAAGCUGAAUAUUAACUGCUAAAACUGUUCAAAGAAUGCCAAUAACUUUUGGACGUCCUUGACUGUCUAGAGAAUAUGGAAGGGCGGCCUUCUGUCCAUUUUCCUUGGGAGGGUGAGGUACAGAUUCUCAGAAACCAAUGAUCUCUGGUAUCCUAUCUGGUUCUGCUCUUAAGGAUGCACAACAAAUGAUUCUGACAUGUGCAUGUGGGCCAGGCAGCUGUGAAUACAUGAGCUAACUGCUCAAGCAAGCUCAGGGUCAAGUGCCUACAGGUGGGCUAGAAAUAUGGUUCAACAGCUAGGUUCAAAUAGUAAGUCUGAGAAAGGAGGGCCUGAGAUGGGAAUGAAGAACUAGAGUGAAAAGCCAAGACGCAAAAGAGUGACAGUGAUGGGAGAACAAAAGGAAGAGAAGCUGCUUGGAGAAAUACUAUACCUAGAGGUCUGUGGUGGACAAUGGGCUUUUUAUAACUUCUCCAUGGUCUACUGAGUGAAUAAAAUAGUUCUGUUUGAAGGGAUCUGAGCUGAGUAGGCAAACUUAAUAUCAAAAAAAGGAAAAUAAAUGAAGGAAAUAUACUAUAAUAAAAAUUAAAAUAUAUUCUUAAAUUUUCUUAUGUGCUAUAGGAAUCAUUCUUAAAAAAGCUUUCAACAGCAAUAAAAUGACCUGAAAGCAAUGUUUUUAAACUACUGCAACAGGCCUGAGAUAUCGAUCCUUAGAAAAACCUGUAUGCAAGGUUGGCCCUUAGCUGGUGUCUGGGAACGUGGCUGGUAAACAGUUCCCCGAACUGAUAGUAAACUUUCCCUAAGUGAUAAGAGUGGCUCACUGUGACUAACUGUCCACAAUGUGGUUUUAUGCCAAACACCUUCACACAGUGUCCCAGCUUUCCUUCUGGGAGUCUGGAAUUUGGGUACAUGCUAGGCAAAAACUGGUUUUCCUUCUGAACUUUUUUUUCCUCUUUAAAGAGAUUCACAAACAUAGCACUCCUGGAAUUAUCACACUGGAAUAGUCUACUUACCAGUCUUGACUGAUUAUAAAUCUUUCAAUUAACCAAGCAAGUAUCUUCAAAACAGCAACUAUAACAAAAACCUACUGCAAUAACUUCUGGCCUGGUCUGCAAACUGGCAGUCUCAUCCCUCUCAAAGAAAUUACUUAUCUACUGAGAGCCUACAUAGUCAUGACACUCAACUGAUCUAAAAUCCUCAGAAGUUCGUUAUUGUCUCCUGAAUUAUGAUCAAACUUAUUAGCCUGGCACUCAAGCCUUUUACAAUUUGUCCUUGGCCGACAUAUUCAAUUUAGCUUUACACUUUACCAUUUUACCCAUUUACACUUUAAGUGUUUGUUACCUGUGUGUGACAUGUAUGCUUUCCAUGAGAAUUCUUUCAAAAAUAUCAUGAUCUAUGAUUUCAAGGUAUCUCAAUUCAAUAAGAAUUUUUUUGACCAUCUACUAUGUGCAAGGCUCAGUGUCCUGGGCACUGAAAGGGAUAGAAAAAUGAACAAGACCUGACCCCCACUCUCUAUGAUGAGCAAUAUAAUUCAUAGUCACUUUCUGAAAACCAUUUGAGUCCUUAACGUGCUAGAUCUAUAACAUGCUCCAUUGCAGGAACUUCCCUGGGGAGCUUAGUGCUUGUGGACUCUUUGGAUAUUCCCAAUAACACCAUAUUUAAUUAGAACGUUUUUAUUGGCCGGGCGCAGUGGCUCAUGCCCAUAAUCCCAGCACUUUGUGAGGUCUUGGUGGGCGGAUCACCUGAGGUCAGGAGUUCAAGACCACCUGGCCAACAUGGUGAAACCCUGUCUCCACAAAAAAUACAAAAAAAUAGCUGGGCGUGGUGGUGGGCGCCUGUAAUCCCAACUGCUUGGGAGGCUAGGCAGGAGAAUCGCUUGAACCCGGGAGGCGGAGGUUGCAGUGAGCCGAGAUCGCGCCAUUGCACUCCAGCCUGGGCAACAAGAGCGAAAUUCCAUCAAAAAAAAAAAAAAAAAAAGGCUUUUAUUAUAUCUUUAAGUUUAUCCCCUUUUUAAAAAGCAUUAUCUGUCCAUGUGCACACAGCUUUAUUUAAAGAUUUCCUCAUAAAGUGAUUUAUUGUUCUUACCUCUUCUUAGCUUGGUGUUACAGAAGAAUAAUUAUUCGCAAAUAUGAAGAUCAAAACUUUACAUUUAUUCUAGGUUUCUUUCUAUCUUUCAGAAAUACAGUUAAGCAUGUCUUCCCCAACUGAUCAUUAUUUACUCAAGUGCUGACAAAGCAUGCCAAUUGCUCCCCCCAUUACUGCCACUAGGUUCGGAGUUGACCUCAUUAAAGAGUACAAGACACUUAGUUUAAAAAUGCUACGUACUAAUUUAAGGUCUGUAAUACCAUUUCAGAUAACAGCCUCAGUUUCCUUCAGUACAACCUCAGUGUUUGCAUCAAAAAGCAUUAAAAAUAAAAUAACACGUUACAAUGUUGAAGACUACCAUUCAUAAUGAAAAUGUAACUAUUAUUAAUACUUGCUUACCAAAUAAUGUAUCAACAAUUUUUGUGAUGGAGAAACUAUAGGAGAUGUGAGAAUAAACAGACAAAACACAGUAUUGGAGAUUUUAACAAAUCUCUCAGAAUCCAAGAAAAUGAAGAUAACAAAUAUUACUACAGAUGUAAAAGACACAAAUAACAUAAUCAAUAAGGCGGAUUUCAUAGGUAUCUAUGAAAUUCUAUAUACUAUUAAGAGGAAAUACCUUCUUUCAAGUUGCACACUGAAUUUUCACAAAAGUGACAUUUUAAGCCACAAAGAAGACCUCAACAAUCCAAAGAAUAGAAAUAUACAAACAGCAUUCUCUGCCUACGUGAUUUAAAAUCAGACAUUGAUUUAAAGCAAUCAAAAGGAAAAAUGGUACUUUCUCUUGGAAAUUCAUAGUCAGACAUUUUAGGAUACAGCUAAAGCGUUACCAUAACAAUAAACAUGAAAAAUAUACCAACUAAAUAUCCAAUUUCCAAAGCUAAUAAACAAAAAAAGUGGAAUGAAAAGAGUUGAUAAUGUUAAAACCAAAAAUUAAUGAGUUAGAAAAAAGUAGAGGUAAUUAGUAAAUGCAGAAGUGCUUUGAAAAAAAACAAGAAAAAAUACUAAUUAAAACAAUAAAUGAAAAAGGUAGAAAGCACAAAUAUACAUAAUUAGAAUUAAUAAUAAUAAACAGAAGAAUAGACUCCCUUGGGAAUUUCUAUCAAAUUUUCUAUCAAAUUUUUAAAGGCCAGAUCCAAAUGCUACUUAAAAUAUCCCAGUGCACAGAAAACUAAGGAAAACUUAUUUUCCUUGUUAUAUUACAAAUAUAUAUUUUCUAAUUUGAGUAUAAUAUUACAAUCAAAAAAGAAAAACACAUGUUUCACUAUGAAUAUUGAUGACACAAACUAAAAAACAAAAAACCCCAAAAUUAGCAAAGAAAGCCCAAGAGCAUAUUAAAAACUAAUUCAUCAUGACCAAGUGGAGUUUAUUCCAGGAAUGCUUAGUGGGUCAAUAUUAUAAAAUCUAUUCAUAUAACCCAUUAAAUAAGUCGAGGAGAAAAAUUAUAUUACCACCUUUAAAGAUAGGGAAAAUGCAUCUGAGAACAAUUUAGCACUUGUUUAUAUUUUUAAAAAUUUCCCAAUAGGAAUAGAUAUUUCCUAUCAAUAUGCAAUUUAUAUUAUAUAAUGAUACAUGUACACACACACACACACACACACACACACACACACAAUUUCCAUCUCAAAGCCAACAUCUUACUUGAUGGAGAAAUGAAAGGAAAUUUCCUGCUCAAAUCAGGAACAAAAAGAUAUCAGUUGUCCCCAUCUGACUGAAUAUCAUGUUGGAAAUAUUAGCUACUGAAAUGAAUAAACAAUUGGAAAUAUAAUAAUUGGAAAGGAAAAGGCAAAAUGAUAUCUAAUUUAGGUGAUAUGAUUAAACGUCUAGAAAAUCUAAAGAAACACUUGGAAAAAUAAAACAGAAUAAGAAAAUUCCCUAUCCCAUCUGUAUCCUGCUUUUUUGUGGACUUUUAUGUGUUUUUAGCACUACCAGUGAGUCAAGUUAAAAACUAUGGUGUCAUAAUAAUAAUACUAAUUUCAUUUGAGUGUUCACAAUCUGCAUUCACUCUAUGCUUUGCAGACCCCCACUCUUAUUUAGGCAGUUGCUAAGUCACAUAGAGUUUGUUUCUGAAAUGCCCCUCCUAUCAGUCUUCCUUUUGGGUCCAAUCACUCACUCUCCACAUGUAACUGGUAAAUGGUUGCCUGUGUAGCGAUGCUUGUUUUACAUGUAAUUUCCCUGAUAUAAAGUCAACUUCUUGACCUGGUUUUCUACCAUAACUUACCUUUCCAGGCUUAUUUCUGCUUACUCUUUUAUACAUGCAUUGUUUAUGAGGACCAGCCUUCUGAGUAUCUCUUAGAUAUAUCCAUACUUGCAGUUCAACAACAAGAAUUAUUUCCCUAAAACAUGCUAUAAUAAUAAUGUUUAUUGUUUAGGCUUUGUGUUAAAUAAUUUGCACACUGCGUUUUCCCACAUUACCAGGGCUGUGAUUCCUUCCUCCUUUGCUAUGUAACUUCCCAGGGUAUUUUUUUGUUUUACACUUCAGAUUUGUUUUUAUUAACUCUACCUGAUUAUAUACUUUUGAGUGUAGAAAGUGAUCAGUACAAUCUCUGUAUCACUUGCAGUAUGGAUGGCAUUCAACAAAAAUCCCCCCUUUUUUUUUUUUUAACAAACUGUGCCAGCCUGGAAGUUAAAAACUAAGAUUUUAAACGCAACUAAGGAUCUCCCUUUAGCCUCUUAUUUUAUCGAUUUUUCAUUAGUUGGCUCUAUUCCAUUUGAGCAGGGAGUCUGCCUUAUUAGUGCCGUAUUCUCAAGGCUUAGAACUAUUCCUGGUACACGGUAGGCACUUAGUAAUAAUCCUACCUGUAUGGCUAUACAAAAAUUAAUUGAAUGGUCAUGAAUAAUGCAAAGAAGGAAAAGCUUAACAAAAGACAACAUAAGCCAGUAUCAAGGUCGGAUGUUCACAAUUUUCUGAUUUGUUCCUGAUCACAUUCUAGGACAGAUGUUUUUGUUUUGGUUUAUGGACUGAAAUUAAAAAAAAAAAAUUAUUUCAGCAGACCCUGAAUCCAUUUUUAUAAAAAUCCUUAGCUGUGAAAGGAACAAACUUUCUGGCAGAUAGUAUAAUCAGAGUCAGGAUUGGCUCGGUUUGAACCCUAAUGCCCUUCAGGAUAUUGAAAAUGUGAUAAAAUAAUUGCAUUAUUUAUUAAUGACCUAACGAAAUUCUUAUACAUUAUGCUGUAGAGCAAUUCCGCAGCCAUUAUCUUCUUUGCUCCUAAGAACCCAGAAAGGUUAUCCUUUUAUUUGUCAGAAAUCACCAUGUUAAAAUGCAAAUACUUAGGAUUGGUAGCCUCAACCCUUAUCUUCUAAAACAUCUUUAGCUAUCCAUAGAAAGCAAAGCAUUAAUAGGAAUUGGACUGACGUUGGAGGUGGAAAUACUGAUGCACGUGACAGCUUUAAGGACUUGGGCGGCCAAUUCCCCACUCCCCACUCCUCCUCAGAUCCUCCAAAAAAAGCUCAAGUCCUAACUUUGACCAGGUUUGACAAAGAAGGGAGAGGACCAGGCGUUUUGUAAAGUGCUGCUUCCAAACGCCACCCGUCAGGACAGAUUCGAAACCACCUUAACCUGCUGCCGGUUUCAACUGAAAAUACAUGGUACAUAAGUAAUCAAAAGUCGCGGUCUCAGACCUCUGACCAGAGAACCGAAAUAGGACAGCGAACGACCGAUUCCCAAUUCUCCGAACCGAAGGGUCGGAGAAGCAGUUUAGAAGAGGAGUGGGUGGGUCUUCCACGACAAACUCCGCCCCUCCCUCACUCGUCGCUGAUUGGUGGCUGCGUUAGGCCGCGACAGAGGGGCGGGCCCGCGGCUGGGUCUCUCCCUUUCCGCGCGGUCCCGUGCGCGCUGUGGGUGUGCUUCGGGAAGCGGGCGCGCGCGCGCUCGCGUCGGAGGACCGGAAAGGAGGCGGGGCCGCGGCGGCGCGCGCUCCCGGAUCGCGCGCACCGCAGACGGCGCGGAUCGCAGGGAGCCGGUCCGCCGCCGGAACGGGAGCCUGGGUGUGCGUGUGGAGUCGGGACUCGUGGGAGACGGUCGCGAUGAACACGGUGCUGUCGAGGGCGAACUCGCUGUUCGCCUUCUCGCUGAGCGUGAUGGCGGCGCUCACCUUCGGCUGCUUCAUCACCACCGCCUUCAAAGACAGGAGCGUCCCGGUGCGGCUGCACGUCUCGCGGAUCAUGCUAAAAAAUGUAGAAGAUUUCACUGGACCUAGAGAAAGAAGUGAUCUGGGAUUUAUCACAUUUGAUAUAACUGCUGAUCUAGAGAAUAUAUUUGAUUGGAAUGUUAAGCAGUUGUUUCUUUAUUUAUCAGCAGAAUAUUCAACAAAAAAUAAUGCUCUGAACCAAGUUGUCCUAUGGGACAAGAUUGUUUUGAGAGGUGAUAAUCCGAAGCUGCUGCUGAAAGAUAUGAAAACAAAAUAUUUUUUCUUUGACGAUGGAAAUGGUCUCAAGGGAAACAGGAAUGUCACUUUGACCCUGUCUUGGAACGUCGUACCAAAUGCUGGAAUUCUACCUCUUGUGACAGGAUCAGGACACGUAUCUGUCCCAUUUCCAGAUACAUAUGAAAUAACGAAGAGUUAUUAAAUUAUUCUGAAUUUGAAACAACAUAUUUUUAUACUUAAUGAAUUGUAUCUCAUUAAUCUCUUCCCUUACAUCUUCAUUUAUUGUUGGUUUGUUUUUUGUUUUUUGGUUUUUUUUUUUUUUUUUGGUAUAAGAACUAACAUCAAAAGGCCUGUUUGAAGGGAAAGGUUAAUGGGCUACUUAAUAUUACAAACAAAACAAAAAAACAAGGCUGCCACAGUGGAAUAUUAUCUUACAAGAAUAAGAACUACAUAAAACAGAUUUGUAAAAAAUACAUAUUUGAAGUAUUCCCUGUAUUUCCAUUAUUCUUUAUGGAAUAUAAAGUGAGCAUGAAAGGUAGUUAAAACUUUCAGGUGCCUGUAGAGUCAUAAUAACUCUGUAUUUUAUGCCUUGCAUUCACGCAAGUUCACGUUGGAUGUGAUUUAAAAGUAGACAUUCUCUUUUUCCUCUUUUAGGAUAUGUUUGAUUACUGGAAAAUUAAUAUGGUUAUUUGUUAGAAGUCUGGUUUAUAAAAAAGCCAAAAGUGAUGGAAUUUUAUUCCAUUUGUCUUAGGAAGGCCCAUAAUACUUGUUUUUCUUACAUGUGACUAGCAACUUUCUCCACUUAAGGACUAAAUACCUCUUUAUAUGAUGUAAAUUAUUCUAAUUCAUUUCUAAAUCUUUUAGGUCAACAAAAUGUGUGUCUUCAGUGCUUUCUCUAAAAACGUUCCUGUGUAGCUUUGUACUUUUUUUUUAGCAUUGCCAUUGAAAGUUAAAAUGUUUGCAUGGUUUACCCUCUGAGUUACGUUUCUUCUAGUGAGCAUGCCUACUGUCACUAAGUGAAUUAUUUACUACUUUUUGUAGGUCUAUAUUUUAAUAAUUAUUGGGAUAAUAAUAAUUGUGGUAUGCUUUCCAUUUACAAACCACUCAUAUACUUUAGUGUAUGUCAUCCUCAAUAAUCUAAUGAGGUAAGUAGUAUAAGUGUUAGCUCUUUGCAGAUAAGAAACUGAAACCCAGAAGUUUAUUGAAUUGCUCCAUUGUUACCUAGCCAGCAAGGAGUGGAGUUAAAACUUGAACUCAGAUCUUCUAAUUUUCUGAGCUCAUCCUUUCUCUUAUACCUCAGAUUGCAGACUAAUCAAAUUUCACUUAAAACCUUCCUGAUAUUUUUGUUACCCUGGACACCCUUUCUAUUCUAGAAAAGGUUUCCCAUUUUAUAUGGAAGUGACUAAUUUUCAAGCUGCCAACAACUUAUAUCGAGGUAAUAUUUUAUUCUCUGAAUAAAUUCAUUUCACUUAUAUUAAAAGCAUAAGGAAAUCUACAUGUAUGUAAAAAUAACUUAGAAAUUCAGUACAUAAUACAUGAUUGAAUACAUGAUCGUAUUUAACAUGAUUUUUUUUUUCUGCAGUGGACAAAUAAACAUCCUCAAAGUAGCAACUGCAAAUCAGUUACCCUUAGAAAAGCAAGACCAAACACUGUAGUUACACUAUUAACAGUGACCCAAAAGGGCUAAUAUUUUCUAAGAAUAGUUUAAAUUACAAACAUUUGUUAUAUUUACCUUAUGUGAAAUACAUCACUAUUUAAUUACAUUAAUUUUAACAUCUGUUAUAUGGAGUUGUAUAGUUCAUGCAAAAGCCUGUGGGUAUGGGUUUUUCAAACCAGCAGAAAGGUCAAAGGUACCUGAAUGCUAAACUGCUUGGCUCCCAGCUUUUUCAUUAAACUUUUCAGGGUCUUGGUUUCUUUAUCUGUAAAAUGACAGAGUUGGACUAGUUAACUUUAAUGGCGAUCCUUUUACACCGCACAAGUUUAUAAAAUUUAUCUGUUCAGCAAAGAGAUUGAACAAGAAAGCACGUUAGUAAUAUGAAGACAGGAAAAUGAAUGAAAGUCUAACACAUAACUCAUAUUGAUCUACUUUAUUUCUGUUAGAUUUUACGCUCCGAAAAUUUCACCUCAUUUAGUUUGUACAAAUACUAGACAUGGAAACUUAAAAUGUGCAGGUGUCAAAGCUUAAAAAUCAGGUGUGUCCCCUUUAAAGAAGGUAUGUGCAAUAAGCCUGCAGUCUUAACCAGACCUGGUACCAGUUUAACAGUUCAUUAUACUUCUGUGAUGAGUGGAUCUGUUAGUCUGGUAGCGAUUAAUGUUGAAAUUUACUUGAAUUACAGUUAUUUGACAAGCCUUCUUUUUUUGGAGUUUGGUGAGGAAGAGAAGUAAAAAUGCCCAACUAGUACAAUGUGGAGAAAGUUUUCUGUUUGCUUGACUAAGGGAAAUUGCUCAGAACAAGAAUGCUCCAACAUGGGAAUAAGGAGCCUCAGUCUCAGGAACUCAUUUUUGGGUGCAGUUUCUACAUUUAAAAAAUUGACUUGUGUGCAGUUUGAUAACCAGUUCAUUUGCUUUAGUCUCAGUGUUUUAAAGAAGUCUCAUAAUGUUCUACAAAGACACAAAGCUUCAGGCUUAUACAAAACUGAGUAUACACAAAUGUUCUACAAAGACACAAAGCUUCAGGCUUAUACAAAACUGAGCCCAGAAAUGAUUCUGAGAAAAGAGAAUAAUUUCAAGACACUUAUUUAAAAGUAAUUAUGGUUAGAAAUGAAUUAAUUUAAAAAUGUGCUCACAUAUCCCUUUCUCUAACAGUUUAACCUAGACAAACAUUGAUAUCAGUGUUUUUUUAUUCCCCUAAUUGAUUACAUUUGGUUUCUUUAUUCUGAAAGGAAAAUAACAAAAACUUCAGAAAUUCCUAAGGGUGUAAUAAGAAAGUGGGUUUUGAGUUUCCUUUCCUGGAAUUAUUUUACAGUUCUUUGGUGGAUCUCGUCAGCCAAUUCAUAGCUGGGCCUUAAGAUUAUCAUCUUAGAGAUGAUAGAUGGGCUUUUUGGAAGAUUUCAUCUUAGAGAUGAAAAGCUGGGCUUUUUCUCUAAGAUGAUAAUCUUAAAGCCCAGCUAUUAAUUGAUAAUGAACAUUUUUCACUAUUUUUUUUCUAUCUGAAGCUUAGAGAUCUAGAGCUUUGGAUCUUCGGGGUAUAUGUCAAUGGAGGUAUCAUUUUAUAAUACUUUGCAUUGAUAUGAAGUGGGUUCUUGGGGGAAAAACCAUAAGCUGUGAACAUUGGUAGCAAACAAGCAUAUAUUCAUUUCAAAGCUUUCCUUGCUUUUAGCAGAGAGAAGCCUGUAUAUGUUACAUGUGUGAUUUCAGUAGUUUAAAGAGAUGUUUCAAAAAGUUGUUGCAUGUUUUUGAUGCAGUUUGGGGAAUUGUUUACUUCACAAUGUAGUCAUUCAUAAAAAAAUUCAUGAAAAUACUGAACAUAUGUUUGAGGAUUUUUAUUUUCCUUUUUUUUUUUUUUUUUUUUUUUCUGAGAUGGAGAUCUGCUCUUAUGCCCAGGAUAGAGUGAAGCGGCGCGAUCUUGGCUCACUGCAGCCUCCACCCCCCAGGUUCAAGUGAUUCUUCUGCCUCAGCCUCCGGAGUAGCUGGGAUUACAGGCGCCCGCCACCAUGCCUGGCUAAUUUUUGUAUUUUCAGUAGAGACGGGGUUUUGCUAAGUUGGCCAGGCUGGUCUCGAACUCCUGACCUCCAGUGAUCCACCUGCCUCGGCCUCCUAAAGUGCUAGGAUAACAGGUGUGAGCCACCAUGCCCGACCGAAGAUUUUUCUUAAUUGCAAUAAAUAUUCAGCAUUUUUUCUAAUGAAAAUGAAUUUUGUUUACGAGUAAAAGUGUGCAUUUUAAAAGACUUUCAGAUUUAUGCUUUUUACGUGAAGCUGCUAAACUAAAAGUAAAUGGAAGAAACCAAGUCUAGUAGGUUUUUUCUUUUUUUUUGGUGGGGGUGGGAUGGGGGAGGUUAGUUACACUUAAAAUAUCUUCUCCAGAGACUGUAUGCUCCUCUACUAGACUGUAAGCUCUUUGAGGGCAGUCUGUCAGAUUUAUCUUUGUAUCUUCCCCAGCGCCUAGCAUAGUGCCUUGCACAUAAUAGGCGCCCAAUAAAUAUUGAUGAAGAAAGAA